AUGUCUGCAUCAUCGACUACUGCUGCUGAUCACUCAGUAAAGAAGAGAAAAACGUCAUCAAAUUUUGAUGGAUCAUCACUCGCAUCAUCGGAAGUGUUUGAAAAUGAUCAGAAUGAAAAGUUGAUUGAUGAAAUUUCCGAUGCAUUGCAUAGGUUGUCCCUCCAGAAGCAAACUGAGGAAAUGAUCAAGAAAUUGGUCGAGCAAAAGGAUCAAAGUGUUCUUAUUGUUGCUGGUAGUGGUGAUGAGACAAGUGAUAAAUUGGAAACACUCCAGAAAAUGCAACAGGAAGAGAUGGUUGUGCUGAAAGUUGGUGGUAUGUUAUUGUUGUUUGAUGAUGAUGAUUUGAAUAAUUUCAUGAUUUUAAUUUGA